AUGGAAAAAAUAAAUGUAACAAUCCUUGCUGAUCGUCUUCAAAAACAGCAUUUAAAGACUGAACUGGAAAAGUUAUGUCGUCGAUGUGGUUUAUUUUUCUCAUCACAAAAUAAAAAUGGAAUUGCAAAACUAUUAUCACAACAUUUAAUAACAAUUAAUCAAAAAGCACAAUUGGAUAAGUUAACAUCAAUUAUAUCUAUUGAUAUCGGAGUUAAGAAUUUUGCGUACGUUCAUUUAACUUCGAAUUAUCAAAUAAUAGAUUGGAAAAAAUUAUCGUUUAAUUUGGAUUCUUUUAGUCCCAAAAGUUUUUUCGAAAAGUUGCAACCUAUAGUUCAUAAAACCUUUUUGUCGAAGGAAAAUAUCGAUGCAUUUAUCAUUGAACGUCAAUCUUUUUAUAAAAGAAUCUCUAUGGACGUUCAAAGUGUUAUUACUAUAGAAUUAAUGCUAUAUGCGCUUUUAAGUGAUAGAGUUAAAGAUCCGUUACAAGUACAGAGUAUUCAUCCUUUAAGUGUUUCGAAUUAUUUGAACACGAUGUUAAAGGCUGAGGAACAAAAUCAACAUUUUCAUUCAGAUCGUAUGACAAGGUGGUUUCAAGAACAAGGUAAAAAAACGGAAAUACGAAAAUAUCUAGGCACAAAAAAACUAUCAACGACAUUGGCUCGAAAUUGGAUAAAUGAUCAUCUACAUCUUUGCUCUAAUGAAUUGGUUAAAUAUUUUCUUGAAUCUAAAAAGAAAGAUGAUCUCGCAGAUUGUCUUCUUCAAGGAUUUGUGUAUUUAGAAUCACGUAAAUUUUCAAUAAUGGAAGCACGUAAAUGGCUUCAUGAUCAAUGA